AUCAGCUCAGCCGGUCAUAAUUUCGACCUCGCCCUGUGCAUUGGCCAGUACAUGUAUGCGCUGUCGACAGAACUAGCCUGAAAAGUACCGAUUUUUGUUACAAAUCUUUCCUAUUUUGUGCUAAUAGUAGUCUAAUUGGUCUAAUUUCCUAGACAUAGCAUCUAAUUUUCACACACAAUGAGGGAAUACAAGCUUGUGGUUUUGGGCUCUGGUGGUGUGGGCAAGAGUGCUUUGACAGUACAAUUCGUUCAAGGAAUCUUUGUUGAAAAAUAUGACCCCACAAUCGAAGACAGUUACAGAAAGCAAGUUGAGGUGGACGGACAACAAUGCAUGCUGGAGAUCUUGGACACAGCAGGCACAGAACAAUUUACAGCCAUGAGAGAUCUGUACAUGAAGAAUGGCCAGGGCUUCGUCCUUGUGUACUCCAUCACAGCGCAGUCUACCUUCAAUGAUCUCCAUGAUUUACGAGAGCAGAUCCUUCGUGUCAAAGACACAGAUAACGUUCCCAUGGUACUCGUAGGCAACAAAUGUGACUUGGAAGACGAGAGAGUAGUAGGCAAGGAUCAAGGAGCUAGCUUAGCAAGGCAGUUCAACGGCUGUACAUUCUUGGAGACCUCAGCUAAAGCUAAGAUCAACGUCAAUGACCUCUUCUACGACCUAGUCCGACAGAUCAACCGUCUAACACCGGAGUCGCGGAAGAAGCCCAAAAGAGCUUGUUUGAUUCUGUGACUUUUUUCUCUAUCUGCUGGCUGUCAGUGUUGCAUGAAGAAUAAAUGAUGCAUGAUGAUCUCUGCAUUCAGUUAUAUCCUCUGUGGUAAUAUGCAAGUAAUAUAGUCAACUGGUAGAAUAGAAGUUUACUAACUUUCCCUUCACACACCCCUUUUUUAAAAGCUUUGAGUAGGAAAGAGGGAAUUCUCUUUUCCCCAUGGCCAUCCACUGACCCUCACUGACCCCCACUGACCCCCACUAACCCCCACAUCCCCAUCUGCACAUAUUCCCCUUUAUAAAAAGAAAUCUCUUUUGGGGGGAGGAGGGGUGAUUGAUGAUUAUUUGUAAUUCAGAUAAGAGGGAUUAAAGUGUAGGUACGAUAGCACAUUCUAGCUUUCAAAUGAUCACAAGUCUGUGAAGUCUAUUCAAUUCUCUGAUGUACUAACAAAAGUAUGUAUACUUUGGGGAUGGUAACAAAUGGUAUUCCUAGUUUAUUACUGGGCAGCUCAACACAAAGCAUAUCACAAUAUAACUCUUACAAUAGCGUUGAUAAAACACACUAUUUACUCAUCCCUAAAUUGAUGUACAUGUAGCAGUGUUUGUGCAUUUUAGAAACCUAUACGUCUGCAUGCUCUUCCAAUUGUAAUUAAAUAUGUCUCUUAAUGAAUUUUGCAUUAUUUAAAUUGCUAUAGGUCUUAUUUAUCUGGAACUGUGAUAUAUGUAUACUUUGUUAUAAUCUUAAUUAUUAUUGAUAUACGUAAGUCAGUUACAACUGUUUUUAUUAUACUUUGUAGACAAGUAGUAUAAGCAAUCGAUAUUUUAACAUCUAAUACUAGACUUGUUUGCAUAAUUUACAAACAUUUUACAGGUAAACAUUCAUUGUAAAAGCCAAUAUUGUUGCAAAAUAUGAUUGUAUUUUUAUCUGUUAUCCAAACCUCUCACAGCUCAACAAACAGAAAUAUUAUCACGAAAAAAGAGCUUAGAGUUUGUCAGGCAAUUAUGAUGAAUUUGCACUCAUGCAUCAAGGAAUAAUGAAAAAAAAUUGUUGGUAUCAAACUGUUCAGAAAUAGCCAACACCUCAGAAAAUGAUGGAAAUAUUGUCUUGAACUAGCAGAGCAGCUUUAAAAAAAUUAUGCGAGGAUAAAUCUGUGAUGUUAAGCUUGCCAAUAAAAAUAUGGGGUAAUUGUGUUUUUACUGUGAUACUUGGUUCAUUGUGUAGCCACCUCAGUUGGUUCAUGGUAUUUUGGAGUAGGGAAAUAUGGCAAGGACUUGAAAUGCUGUGAUUUGUGAGCUUUGCUGUAAUUUGAUCAGUUUAAAUUUUGUUUUUAUCAUGGAUAUAACCAUCAGUGCUUGAGCAGGGAGCAGAAUAAUAAUAGAAAUAAAGAAGGUUUCAAAACCCAAAAAAUAACUACCAUAUACUUGAGUGCAAAUCUCAGUGCAAAUCUCAGUGUACCUACAUGUAUUUUCGCUAUAAAAUGUAGAGUUCAUUCAUGUGCAUGUUCUUGCGUUAUCUUUGAAAAAAUUUCUUGUAAAUAUUGGAGAGGUUUAAGGGUUCAUUUGCAAAACCAGAGCUGUCUUUUGUGACAACUUAAAGUCUUAAAAGGUUGUAGCUUUAUCUCUGUACACCAUGUAGGCCUGCUUGUUGCAGCAAUUCUAUCUGAUACUCCAUAUCCUUUGUAACAAGCCGAGAUGAUACAACAUGUGCAAGAAGAUGCAUCUCUUCUUUAUACACAUAUAAUAUAUAACAUUAUUAUUUAUAUAAGGCUUCCAAGUGGUACAAUAAAUCAGUGUAUUCAAUAUCUUUAGCGCAGUACCUGGAUGACAGAUCAAUAUCGUUUUCGUAUUGCUCAGUCAUCCGGGAACUUCAACUAUUGAUAUCGAUAUCAUACGAAAACAAAGCCAUAUUUACCGAGGUAAGUCAAAUUUUGUUAUUUCGCUAGUCAGAAUAAUAAUAUUGUAUGGCUUUGUUUUCGUGUGAUACAAAAAUAUAUUGCUCUCGCUAAGACAAUAUUAGACUCAUCUUUGACUCAUCAAAUAUUGUCAUAGCUCGAGCAAUAUAUUCUUGUAUCACACUCAAAGCCAUCCAAUAUUAUAUAAAUACUGUCAUGAAUAACACAGUUAUUGUUAUAUAUUUGAAAGGUUUUUUAUUUUGUACUUGCACUAGUGACUCUGUAUCCAAGAUAAUGACCUUACACAAACUUUUAAUAGCUGAGCUACUUUUUUCUUCUUCAGAAUAUCACUGUCUUAAAAAAUCUCAAUGUUUGAUGACAUGCAUGAUCCCUUAUAAAAGAGAGAAGUUGUCAUGAAGCUCAAUCCAACAUACUCUGAUAUCAGUUCAUAGUUCAAUAGGAAAAGAUACACAAAUUUUGUACAUGUAUGUUGAUAAGAAUUGCCUUGCGUUAAAAUUUUAUAAAUAAAUAUCUCUUCUAUUUUAUUGUAAUUUCAUUUCUUUACUUGAUGAGUUUUAUCAGUAGUUAUUACAAUUAUUUUAGUGAUCAUCAUGCAGUAGGCUUUUCUUGCAUUUGUAUGUUUGUAAAUUGUGAUGCCAUUUAAAUAAUUUUUAUGUUGGUUGUCAGGGCUUGCAUUGUGAGGAAGCCCAAAUCAAUAAAAUAUGCUUUACUGUACAGUAUA